AUGGCAGCUUAUUCUGCAGAUAGGCGAAGAAUUCACAUUUCCAUCUCCACACACACAACUAAAUAUGAUGAGAGGAGUAGAAUUGUCUUGUUUAGGAAGAAUUCAAUUCCUGAAAUCCCAGAAGAAG